AUGAUAAAACUGUUGUUUCUCUUCAGCGAAAGAGUGCGGCGCAUGUUUGAGCACGCCUACGAUGGAUAUUUGCGGCACGGAGUUCCCUACGAUGAAUUAAGACCGUUAUCCUGCGACGGUAUUGAUACGUGGGGUAGCUACUCCUUGACCUUGAUAGACGCCCUGGAUACCCUGGCAGUGAUGGGAAAUUACACGGAAUUUGGUCGAGUCGUGACUUUACUAAGCGACCAGUCGUUCGAUGCGGACAUCAAUGUCUCCGUAUUUGAGACGAACAUCCGCAUCAUCGGUGGUCUGCUCUCUGCCCAUCUGCUGUCGCAACAGGCCGGAGUGGAAUCCUUGGAACUAGGAUGGCCAUGCAGUGGUCCGUUGCUUCGAUUAGCAGAAGAUGUAGCACAACGUUUGCUUCCUGCAUUCGAUACCGCGACUGGAAUGCCGUACGGCACUGUAAAUCUUAGACAUGGUGUGCCCUACGGAGAAACAUCCGUAACAUGUACAGCCGGAAUAGGAACAUUCGUGUUGGAAUUCGGCACACUGAGCCGUCUCACGGGCAACUCAAUCUACGAACACGUGGCGACCAAGGCCAUAAAAGCAUUAUAUGCGCAUCGCUCCCCAAUCGGUCUCUACGGUAAUCAUAUCGACAUUCAGACAGGGCGCUGGACCGGCCAAGAUGCGGGGAUUGGUGCUGGAGUAGAUUCGUACUACGAAUAUCUGGUGAAAGGUUCGAUUUUGCUCGAGAACCCAGCGCUGAUGGCCACCUUUCUUGAGGGCAAAGCUGCAGUUGACCGCUAUUUGAAACGGGACGAUUGGUAA